AUGCAUGUACAUACUCGUAAUUUGAUGCAGGCACUCAGGUCUUUUGAUCCUCUUCGAAAUGUGAUAACUUCCAUCAAUAAACAUUCGAACUCUCCAAUUGCCCAGAAUCACGCUGCUCCUUCUCUUCAAACCUAUCGCAACGCCUCCAUUUCGUCUUCUGCUAACGUCUUUGAUUCCGACGAGGCUGCAGAGCUGCCUUCCAACACUAUUUCGGUCUCCUGCGGUGAUGACCUUCUCCUAGACGAUGCCUCAAAUAUUUGUAACCAUUCUUCCAGACAUGGUAUUAACGACACCACUCCCUCGCACACGAAGCCAUCUAAUCAGAUCUCUUCAACUGUUGACGUCAGCACCGACAGUAUAAUUGAUAAAAGAUACACUUUAGGGCUUCCGAGUGGUCUACAAUCGUCUUCUCUACCCGGGCAAGGCGUGAUAUCCGCACCUCACACCUUGAAUUCUUACCCAGCAUUGGCGACAGCCUUCAUGGCGCCAAAUCUGCCACAACUUCGUCCUCAGUGGGAAUUUAUACGCAGCCUCCUGGGCUUGGCGCGAAAGUUGACUCGAUUUUCUUCCAAGGAGCAGCGAAGUAGGGCAAAUACCAUCCUUCCCUAUUUCGGAGGCGCAUCGUUUUUAAUAAGCCUUUCGCUUUUGCUCGUUUUCCUGCUUGUUCCCUCAGUUUUGUUUCGAUUAUUGCUUUGUCUAAAUUCUUCAGUGAUCUUAUUUUCAGAAUAG